AUGGGCAGUGCUACCACGUCAAGUGAUCCCUUCUCAGCUCUUUCCCAGGACUUGAUUCAUGUUCAGGUCAACACUUAUGACGCUUACCAUGAAUUUCCGGGCGAUUUUGAUCGAGACACCGGAUUAAGUUUACCAGACCGGAAAUUUGAUGCUGUGCCCGUAAUACGAGUGUUUGGAUCGUUACCAAGCGGCCACAACGUUCUGUGCCAUGUGCACGGAAUUUUUCCGUACAUUUUUGUACCGUAUGAUGGUCGAGAACAUGAUUCUUUGGGUGUGAUGCGAUCGCGAUGUGCUAGCUUUCAUCUCAAACUCGAAGAAAGACUUAGGGAAGUGUAUUCCCGGGGCAAGAAUGGUGAUGAUGAGAACGGUAAUGGUGGUGAAAACGCCAAGUCUUUGAAAUAUGUAGCAGACGUUUCCCUCGUCAAAGGUGUCGACUUCUAUGGUCACCAUUCUGGAUAUGCUGCGUUUUUCAAGAUCUCACUUCUGGCUCAGUCUUCAGUGGGGAAAAUAUCGGAUCUCUUGCGGGAUGGAAAGGCCACAGGCCGCAAGUGCAAAGUAUUUGAAGCCCAUAUACCCUAUUUGUUACAGUUUUCCACAGAUUACAGUAUCUUUGGGUGUUCAUGGCUUAGGUUGCACCGCUGUUACUUUCGAACGCCCGUCCUCAACCCGGAUUUUGCCCAAGACUCAUUGCUGAUGAACGAUGACCUCAAGAGGUUUCUGCUCAGGUUCCAUAACGGACCAACGACAGAAUCCGGAACAAAUGUUCCAAGAGUGGGCAACAGUCUUUUAGAGAUCGAUGUCGUUCCACAAUUCAUACAGAAUCGCGAGGAUAUCACGUACAGGGAUCUUCAUAAUUCACUCUUCGAAAAGUCUCUGGAUGAAAAGGAAGAAACACUAUUUAUUCCAUCUACUAAAGAGUUGUGGACUCAAACGUCCCAGUUGCGCAAAGAGUUUGGUCUCGAUGAUUUCCAGCCAGCAUCGGAAGGCAAAAGGCCCAGUUGUCUCCCGCAGUGGCAGAGUCAUGAUGAAAACUUGCUUUUCUUACAAAAGGCUAAAGAACGAAUGUCUCAUCGCAGCAAAUUGAAAAACCACCAAGUCAGCGCGAGUGCUGUAAGCAACUUAAACCUGCCUCAGACGUCUCUAAGUACUCUUUGGCCGUCGUUGGAUGGAAGCAGGUCUCAUGGAAUGAACGGGUCAUUUAUAAAUUCGAACGAGACACCUGUAGAGUUCGUCGUCUCCCGAAGUCCUUCACUGCUAAGCAGCGGUUCCUCCGUGGUGGAAUCCGAAACUGAUUUGAACGAUGGAGAACGCGCUUCCCCGGGGCAAGCACCCGAUAAACUUGAUGAAAUUUCUGAACCAGCCGCCAUUAGUAACCCGAAGGUCACACCGCUGUCUUUUGAUGAUAAUGUUCUGACUCAAGCGAUGGUGCAUAAACGGAAAAACUCCUGGGCUGCGCAAAAUUUGGAGAGACCCGUGAAAUUGCGUAAAAAGUUGGACCUUCAACGUUCAAUACAGGAGUUACCGGGAUCUUUCAAGUAUAAAGAAUUUGAUCUUGACCACGCUAGUAUCCUCACAAGUCUAGAAGACUUGGGCUGUCCCAAGAUUAAAUACAGAGACCCCUUCUUCGGAGAGCCCGAAGAUCUCAAGAAAAAAGAUCAUGUGUACUCAGGACGUAGAUUCCUGAUUCAAUCAACGCAUUUGACCUGCCGAAGGCCGAUUGACUUUGGCGGAGAAACAGUGCGCUUGGAAUCUGAUAAUUCUGUUGAAUCGGGUAAUGAUAUCUCCUGGAAGUACGCGAUGGAGCCGCCUGGAUACUCUGAAGUUCAAGAAUACACUUUGUCUCGAAAGCGCAAGUUUCGUUCUCAAAUCGAUUUCAAGACUUUAAGCAACGAAUUCGGCUACAAGUUCAAAAGUAACAAUUCUUUGAAGGGAUUGAGUACUGGAGAUCAUAACACUCUGUCUCACCUUACCCUCGAAACAUUUUCCAAAAGUAGAGACAUGUUACUGCCUGACCCCGCAAAUGAUCCUGUCGAGCUGAUAUUUUGGCAGAUAGAGCCAGGCUCUUUACCAAUUGACUUCGGAAUCUCUAGCGAUGGUGUUAUGGCAUUUUGCGCGGAUGAAGAUAACGCAUUUGCAGCUCGACUAGAAAGCGCUGCAAGACCAACACCUGUUGCCAUCUAUAAUUCAGAGGAGGAGAUGAUAAGCGGUUUAGUGGAUCUGGUACUUUUGCUUGAUCCUGAUAUUCUCUCUGGAUUUGAAGUGCACUCUAGUUCGUGGGGGUAUCUUAUAGACAGAUGUGAUCAGGCGUAUGACCGCGAUUUUUGUGAGGAGAUCUCAAGAGUUAAGCACAAGCACUUCAACAAAAGAAAAGACGUUUGGGGGUUUUCACACGAUUCGGGAAUUCACAUAGCUGGAAGGCAUGUGUUGAACUUGUGGCGUUUAUUGAGGUCUGGUCUAAAUCUCUUGAAGUACACUUUGGAGAAUAUAGCAUUUCAUGUGUUGCAUGAACGAUUAGCUCAUUUUCCGCCUGCGGAAUUGACCAAACUCUGGAAUGCCAACUUCGACAUGACAGGACUUACUACUUUGGUGUCAUACUGGAAGAAGAGAACGGAAGUUAAUAUCAGAUUACUCGAAAGCCAGCAAAUUAUUAACCAAACCGUGGAACAGGCGCGAUUGAUCGGUGUAGAUUUUUAUUCUGUUAUUUCCAGAGGCUCUCAAUACAAGGUCGAGUCUGUUUUGGUACGCCUUUGUAAGUCUGAACAUUUUCUUGUUUUGUCACCUAGUAAGGUCCAGGUGAGAAACCAAAAGGCUUUGGAAUGUAUCCCACUGGUCAUGGAACCUGAGUCAGCAUUUUAUAAAAGUCCGCUGGUUGUUUUGGAUUUCCAGUCACUGUAUCCAUCUAUUAUGAUAGGAUAUAACUACUGUUACUCCACGAUUCUGGGCAGAGUUCAAGAGUUGAAAGUUAAAGGAAGUGAAGUCGGCGCAACCAAGAUAAACAUUCCCAGAGGAUUUUUGCAAGAGGUAAAGGACUCUGUAACUGUUUCACCCAACGGUGUUCUGUUUGUUCGGGAGAAUGUGAGGAAAUCCAUGCUUGCUAAAAUGCUGGCUGACAUCUUGCACACUCGCUUCCUUGUCAAGAAGACAAUGAGCGACCUGAAAGCCAAAAAUGAGACAGUUUCCAAGUUGCUCAAUAACAAACAAAUAGCUCUGAAGUUGCUGGCCAACGUUACUUACGGUUAUACCUCUGCUUCAUUUUCCGGCAGGAUGCCGUGCUCAGAUGUUGCCGAUAGCAUCGUGCAAACCGGAAGGGAAACUUUACAAAAAGCUAUAACUUUAAUAGAAGAAAGAGCCGAAUGGGGUGCAAAGGUUGUUUACGGUGACACCGAUAGUUUAUUUGUUUACCUGCCGGGAAAGACUAAAGAGGAGUCUUUCAAAUAUGGCAAGCAAAUGGCUGCAGAAGUCACAGCCUGCAAUCCAUUCCCUGUCACUCUGAAAUUCGAAAAAGUGUACCACCCGUGUAUUCUGGUUAGCAAAAAGAGGUAUGUGGGAUAUUCUCUCGAGAAGGAAAACCAGAGAGAACCCAAAUUCGACGCCAAAGGUAUUGAAACUGUCAGAAGAGACGGGCACCAAGCGCAACAGAAAAUAGUAGAAAAAUCUCUGCGUAUUCUUUUCGAAUCUCAAGAUCUGUCUGCUGUCAAGGCUUACGUCCAGGACCAAUUCCAGAAAAUCACGAAGGGACAGGUUUCAGUCCAGGACUUCUGCUUUGCACGCGAGGUGAAGCUUGGGUCUUACAAAAGUGAUAAAACGGCACCUGCAGGUGCCGUGGUUGCGCAAAAGAAGACGCAUCUGGAUCGCAGGGCAGAACCCCAAUAUCGGGAGCGAGUUCCUUACGUGGUAAUAAAGGGUAGGCCUGGUCAGAUUCUGCGCGAGCGAUGCAUCCCACCAGAAGUGUUUCUUUCAAACGAGAAUUUCGAACUGGACUCGACCUAUUACAUCACCAAGACACUGAUUCCGCCCUUACAACGAUUUUUCAAUCUUAUGGGUGUUGACGUCACACGAUGGUACGUUGAAAUGCCUCAUUUCAAAGACAUGAGCUACAAACAGUUCAAAGAGGGCAAAAUGCCUGAUUUUAUGCGCUCCACGUUAUGUUUCAAUUGCAAAAAAGAGAUUAGAGAUAAAAGAAUCAACAAUCUUUUAUGUGCAGAGUGUUUGAUUCAAAAGCCACUCACCGUGACGGCUCUUUUGCAGGAGGAUAUGGCAGUUAAAAAGCAAUUGGGUACUAUUUUGACUGUUUGCAGAAGCUGCUGCGAACCGUUGACCAAAAAUUUACAGGAUGAUAUGUCAAAGAUCGUCACGAAGUGCGAUUCUCAGGAUUGUCCCGUGUACUAUUCCCGGAUCAAAUAUAAAGGAUACGUCAAUACUGAUAGAUCUCGACAACGCUUGAAACUGCUAUCAGAGCUGGACAAUUGGUGA